GAAUGAGAUGGUCGAUAUACACCUUCAGAAGUGCGACCAACCUAAUGACAAUUGGUCACUUAUGAAAUGUAAAGUUAUUCAUGAAUUAGAAUCUCUGCAGUCUGCAAAAGAUGUUAGCUUCCCUGCAAAUACUGCAAUCUCACCUUGAAAACACUUCAACGGAUGAAAACACUCUGCCACAUAACACUGAGAAGCCCAAGAGAGCUGCCAUGAAGCGUAAACAAGAAUAUCUUUACAAUUCAGUCGACAUGGAUGUUGCUGAAAUGCAGGCUGGCAAUAGUUAUAUUCAAUAUCCCAAAUUCAGGUUGUUUGACAAAUUAGUUUCGCCUAUUGCUAAUUCGACGCAAUUACAGACAUCCCCGUCUACAUCUGCAUCAAAGCGUGUCCAUGGUGCUUCAGCAGACCAGCAAGUCACCUGCAUUAUCAAGUGGACUUUUUCAGGUUAGAUAGCUUGCAUGCAAUGGUGCAAAACAUUUCGUCAACUAUGAAUGACUUCAGUCAAAGGUUGCAGAAUAUGUCAACAGCCAUUUCCGAUUUGAGCAUUAAUGUAAAGCAAUUGCUUUCAAAGUCGAAUGAGCGCGAAAGACCGCAUCAAUUCGAUUGCGGACUGUCAAGUCAGCAUUUCCCUUUGUCAUCUGAAGAGGAACUACAGAUGCUGGAUACUGGUUUGUCGCAGAAAGAAACCAGAGACAGAUUUAUGGCAAUGGUCACUAGGUUAUCAAGUGACGAUCCAAAAACGUCGAUGCGGUUUGUUCUGUCGUAUCUGUUGACACCUGAGGUUGCCAGUAAAUUCACGUUACUUGGCAUCUCUUCCAAACGAGCACUUCAGAAAUGCACGUUUUACGGCUGCAUACGAAGUGCCUUAACUCAUCGCUUUCUGUCAUCCUCUGUCAACGAAAAAGACCUUGGUAAGCUCUAUGACAUCGCGACACAAGGUUACUUUCACGAUAUCCGAGACAAGAUGAUGAAGCGUAAUAGAAGAAAACAAGACCAGUUACAGUCAACAAUAUUAACGAGCAUAACCAAUUCACAGGACGACUACCUCAAUUCUCAAUAGUCCGUGCAAUUGUUUUGAUGUUUUACCUCGAUUUUAAUAAACAUUCUUUCAAACAGCUUACUCUUUUACUUACGUGGGAAACUGUUGAAGUAUUAAGAAUGUGUUUGAGUGUCAUUGAACUUUUGAUUAAGUGCACAUUCCUUAUAAAUAAAAAAAACCUGUUCCUUUUUUUUCAGAUAAUUUCAAAUAACAAUGAAUUAGCAAUUGCAUUGGAUAUGCAAAACAAUCGAUGCUUAUAAGCAUCUGCUCUAGUGUUGUACAAUAAUACGCUUUUCCUUUUAAAUAAAAUUUUUAAAAAUUUACCGCUUUUCAACUGCAUUGCAGAUAUAUUUUUGUCUGUGGUUGAAAAUAAAGGCGAACAUAGGAGACGUUUGGGGUUCUGUCGAUGGAUGGAAAAUAGGAGGUAAUGUGUGUAUUUAGGCGAAAAGUAGAAAAGUAAGCGCAUAAGUAGGAAAUUUAGGCGAAAAGUAGACAAUUCGGCGGAUAUUUAGGCGAAAAUGCGACAAUUCGGCGGAUAUUUAGGCGAAAAUGCGACAAUUCGGCGGAUAUUUAGGCGAUAAGUCCGUAAUUUGUCGACAAAAAGGCGAUAAAGGGGAAAAUCCGCAUUAUUUCCCCCGGACAGGCGAAAAAGGCGACAUUCUGGCGCGUUUUCCCCUUUAUUUCCCCUUUCGUUACCAAAGCAUUUACCCCUUUAUUUCCCCUUUUUGGGUUGUCUGGGACAGAAGGUGGAAUAAAAUGAAAGCUGCUUUCAUGAAAAAAUAUGACUUACUUUCGUUCAGUGAGUUUGCUAAUGAAAGCACCCUAAAAGGUAACUGAGUUCAACAAUGUUGUUUAUUAAAUUGAUAGAAGUAAAGAGAGAAAUCCGUUGUAAUGACAGUACUUCAACUAUUACACCAUCGACUAGCAACAUCAAUCAAGGACUUUCAGAUAAUAGUGGUAUGUAUAUUAAAUUCAUACGUGAAUAUAUAUCUUAUAGGAUCUCCUGAAGUGAACCUGUGCUCUCCAAAGUUCGUGAAUCGCAAAGAAAUGAUGAACGACUUGAUGAUGUAUCUAAUGUCAAAUACAUCUCUGAGCAUAAGGGAUGCUGAUCGGGUUCUGUAUGGUCUACGAUUUUUUAUCCCUGACAUACCGAAAAGCAUCAGAGGUGUCCUAAACACGUGUCCAAGUGUUCAACCAAAGUUUAUCGGCAGUGGGGUUUACUACCAUCUAGGAUUGAAAACCAAUCUGCUAAGAUACGUUGAACUUUGGUUGUGUACUAGUGAUUUUGACUUUUUAAAUUUAUAUAUCAGUGUGGAUGGACUUUCUAUGUCUAGAAGCUCCAAUCAACAGUUAUGGCCUAUACUAGGACGGAUCGUUGCCCCUAGGUUUAGUGACGUGUUCAUGAUAGGGAUCUACGGAGGGAAUAGUAAGCCGGCAGAAUUCAACGAGUUUUCUGCGGACACAAUUUCUGAAAUAAAAGAAAUGACUGACGUGGGUCUUUUUAGUGUGAAGUUUAAUAAAUGUAUAGCUAUUACGUUGGCGGCUGUUAUAUGUGACGCACCUGCUCGUUCUUCUGUUAGGUACACGGUAAAUCACAACGGUAAGGCAGGUUGCGAUAGGUGUACUGUACUUGGGAGACGGCUGGAGGGGAAAACGACCUUUCCAAAUGGAGUACAUACCUUAAGAACAGACGACACCUUCCGUCGUCAGUCUCAAUCAAUUCACCAUCAAGGACAUUCUAUUAUGGAAACGCUUUCGAUUGAUAUGAUUUUAACUUUUCCUCUAGAUCCUAUGCACAUGGUGUACCUCGGUGUUACCAAAAAACUAGCUAAUUUAUGGAUAGAUUUAGCACGCCGAAGACUGCGCGACUUUAACUCAUGUGCAAUUAGGGACAUAAAUAAUUUAAUAACGGGUUGUGUGGCAAGUACUCCUUCUGACUUUCCCCGUAAAUGCCGUACACUAGACUUUGUAUCGGCAUGGAAAGCAUCUGAAUGUAGGUUGUUUCUUCUGUAUUUAGGCCCGGUGAUUCUUGAAAAACAUUGCCACAACCUUUUUAUCUUAAUUUCCGGCGUUUAGCGUUAUCCAUGUAUCUGCUUGCACAUCCGAAAUUACAUAAAAAUGUUGUAGAAACCGCCAAAUUAGAUUUACUAAACUUCCUAAAUGAAUACGCAUGGUGUUAUGGGUGUGAAAACUUAGUUUACAAUGUGCAUUCGUUACAGCACCUCCCUGACGACGUUCGUGCACAUGGACCUUUAGAUAGUUUUUCAGCCUUUCCAUUCGAGUCUUAUAUGAGACAAAUUAAGAAUUCCGUGCGUGGUGGGUUUGCAGUAGCUAAGCAAGCAGCACAGCGUUAUGCUGAGAGAAUGUCCUUCAGGGAUAGGCUUCAAAUUAGUGGUUUAACAAAUACUACCACAAUAGGCGCUAAUGAUGUCUCCAUUAAACAAGUAAUUAUGUUUAACAACAGCAAAAUAAGUUCAUAUAAACCGGAUAAUGUAGUAGUAGUUAACGGCCAGCCCGGUUUAGUUACUGACAUAAAGGAGGAUGGACUACUAAAAUUUAGGACUUUCAUUGACCCACGCAAUUACUUUGAAGAUCCUUUCCCAUCUAGUGAUAUUGGAAUCUUUAUGUGCUCCGUAGUUAGCCAUGAAUACACAUGGGUUUCAGUUGAUGAUGUCACAGGUAUUCAGUGUUUGACAACGCUUCUACCAGUAACACCUUCUAAUAUAUUUCGUUCCCACCAAGAGAAAUCAAAAGACAGAGUCGAGGAGAUCGGAAGAGUAUAUUUGGCGAUGACCAAUAUAUCGGAAUUCUCUGAUCUAAUCUGGCUAGCGAUUGCGGUUGAUGUUGAGCACGGCGUUACCACACGUGAUCUGGAGCGGAUGCCUGACCGAGCGAUUUCAGCUAGAUGAGUCCACUAAAACAUAUGGUCAGCAUCCAAUGUCGAAAACUUAGUGCUAUUUAUUUUGGGGAUUUAUUUACCGCUACAGAUCACUCCCCCUAGUGGGGCAGUGACGACCCUAAGACGUGGCCAGCCAGAAGUUUAAACCCAACGAGUUUGUCGUUGAUAAACACUCUUCUGAUAGCUUACUAAGUGUAGCAGCGUCUGGUCGUCUUUCCUUACUAUAUGGGACG